GAUAGUCUGAAAUUCCAACAGAAGAAAUCCUGAACUAGGGACUGUGUGGCUCAUUAUAUCCUGGCCUUGUCACUAAUAGAAAGCUGGAGAACAGGAUUCCCUUCAGGUCACUAAGGCAACAGGCCCAAGUAACCAGUCAACUACCAGGACUGGGGUCAUUGUUGGAUGCCUAAAAGUUGCCAUGACUACUGAAACCUUGGUGACCAAACUAAACAGAAAGGAGAGCCUUCCCAGUGUCCCCAGACUUAGCAAGCGUCUGUAGUAGAUAUGUCUGCAGAAAAAAUGACAAAACUAGAAGAGAAUUUCCAGAGAGCUGAGGCACUUAAGAAGACUGUCAACAGGUGGCGGAAUUUUCAUGCUCACUGUAUGUGGCAGAUGACAUUGAACCAACGGAGAGACCCGUAUGCUGCCCUAAGGAUGAAGGAUACUAUGGAACAGGAAUUAGCACUGUCUAACAAACAGCUACUAGUGGUCCGUCAAGCUGCCUUACACGAGCUGUUUGAAAAGGAAUAUCAGCAGUACCAGCAGGAACUCAAUCAGAUGGGCAAAGCUUUUUACCAGGAGAGAUUCUGACACUGUCCUUCCAUCUCGUCAUGCCUGCCAACCCAGCCUUCAUUCUUUACCCUGAGCUUCCCAAAACACACCUGGACCUGGAACUUAAAUCUCUUUUUCACUCUUUUGUCAACUUAAAUGUUGCCUCUGGACACAAGAGUGACGCCUUGUGGUCAGUGUGGGAUAUGCACUGUUGUACGAGGAGAGAAAUUAUGUACAGUGUCUGGUUUUAAAAAUCUGGUUUGGUUUAACAAAUAAAGGUUUGGUAAACCUAUAGCUCUUAAAGGUUCAAAUUUAGGCCACCAGAUUUAUUCUCAGCCUUGAGUCUUGAUUUGUUGGCUGUCAUAAUUUUACUUCCUAGAUUGUGGGCACUGCCUCAGACUUCAGUUUCACUGAUCUUUCCUGAAUUCAUUGACAAAUAGCAUUAAACAUGGCUAUUAAUCUGUA